UCUACACAGAGAAGCAGGGCCCAGGGGACCCUGGACAGGGCUCCUCUCUUCCUCUGAAAUAAAUCCAUAUACUCACUCAGUUUCACCUUCAUGCAGAAAACUCUCCAUCACUAGCCUCGAUUUCUCAGCCUCUCUGCAGACUGAGUAUCUAGUUGUCUCUAAGUGCCUGGGUUAGCAGGUGGCAUCUGAAACCAGAUACGAAAAAUUAAUUCAAUUAAGUCAAAUCAAUCGCAAUUGGUAUCUUUUGCAAGGUAAUGAUUGUUGCAAGAGGCGACAUUCUAAAUAACACAGAGCCUGGCCUCUUCCUGAGCUCCGGCUCCUGUCCUCCCCGCUGCGUCUGUGUAGGCUGUUGUGGGAGGCUCGUGCUCUUUUUAGAGGAGAGUUUCAGUGGAAAUGUGCUGGUCUCUUGGCAUGUUUGACAUUUCAUUUCUAUUGGUGUUGUGGAUGAUCUUGGCAGUCUUCGCGUAGCAUUUGAAUCAUGAAAGUUUAGGUCCAAGCUGAUGUCUCCUGGUAGCGCUGGUUUGUCUGAAAUGGACCGUUUUUAUCAGGUGCCAAGGCAGCUGGUCAUCAGCUAUAUGUUACCCUCUGGGGAGGCUGGGGACACUCUUUAGAGAGCAAAUUGUUUUUGAGAUUCUUUAGCCAGAUGCCCUGCUCAUUUAUUAACUUACCUACUUAACGUAACUAAAUAACUCGCUUUCAGCUUUUUGUGCCUGUGUCUUCCUGCUUGAUAAGAUCUGGAGCACGUUUCUAUUGGAGAGGGCCGCCCUAUGUCUCUCUCAUUCACUCGUGUCCUCUGUACCUGGUGCCGGGUCCAGCACACUGCAGAUGGAGCAAACGUCUGCCAAAUGACUCGGGUUUCAGAGCAGCAGCUCCUUCUGUCCUCUCCGCAGUGAACAAUGAAGCUGUGUAUACAUGGAGAGAAGCUGAAAAGAAGACCUGGUUCUUUCAUUACCGGGUUGCUUUGGAUUAAUUGAGCUGCAUGGGUUAGUUUUUUCAAGGAGACGGAGCUGGAUCCUGUGGAUAACAGCACGCGCAAGGGAAGGAGCAGCACCACCCUCUCUCUGUCUGGGGUGACUUCUAGUGGAGAGGCUCCAGCAAGUGAGCAGACAGCCUCCCCAGGCUCCAGCACCACCUCCUUCACCACCUCCUUCCCCUCCAGGAGCAGAGGGCCUUUGGGGAACAGAUUCCUAAAAGUGCAGGUGGGCCAGCCAUGAGAGGGUACCUCGUGGUCAUAUUCCUGAGUGCUGUCUUCCUCUACUACGUGCUCCAUUGUAUAUUAUGGGGAACAAAUGUCUACUGGGUGCCUCCGGUGGAGAUGAAGCGGAGAAAUGAGGUCCAGCCCUGCUUGUCACAGCCGGCUUUUGCCUCUCUCCUGAGAUUUCAUGAGUUUCACCCUUUUCUGUGUGUAGCUGAUUUUAAAAAGAUUGCUUCCUUGUAUGGUGGCGAUAAGUUUGAUUUGCCCUAUGGGAUAAGAAAUUCAGCGGAACAUUUUCGACUUGCUCUGUCAAAACUGCCGAGUUGUGAUCCUUUUGACGAGUUUGACAAUGUGCCGUGUAAAAAGUGCGUGGUGGUUGGUAAUGGAGGAGUUUUGAAGAAUAAGACGUUAGGAGAAAAAAUUGACUCCUAUGAUGUAAUAAUAAGAAUGAAUAACGGUCCUGUUUUAGGACACGAAGAGGAAGUUGGGAGAAGGACAACCUUCCGACUUUUUUAUCCAGAAUCUGUUUUUUCAGAUCCCAGUCACUAUGAUCCUAACACCACGGUGAUUCUCACUGCUUUUAAGCCACUUGAUUUAAAGUGGCUGUGGGAAUUGUUGACGGGUGGCAAAAUAAACACUAACGGUUUUUGGAAGAAACCAGCCUUAAACUUGAUCUAUAAACCUUAUCAAAUCAGAAUAUUAGAUCCUUACAUCAUCAGAAUGGCAGCUUAUGAACUGCUUCAUUUCCCAAAAGUGUUUCCCAAAAAUCAGAAACCCCAACACCCGACGACAGGAAUUAUUGCCAUCACACUGGCGUUUCACAUCUGUCAUGAAGUUCAUCUUGCUGGUUUCAAAUACAACUUUUCCGACCUUAAGAGUCCCCUGCACUACUAUGGGAAUGACACCAUGUCUUUGAUGAAUCAGAGUGCCUAUCACAAUGUGACUGCAGAGCAGCUCUUCCUGAAGGACAUUAUAGACAAAAACUUUGUAAUCAACCUCACUCAAGAUUGACCCUACAGACUCAGAAGAUGAUGCUAACAGUAUUAGUUUUAUUUUUAUACUGCAAUUUUUAGUUUAUUUUUAAAUAUGUUGGAUGCACUCGUCAAAAAAUUAUGUAUAUUGUCUGUUGCUGCCUGGUGAUUCAUAACCGCCAGGUUUAUUUCUGUGAAUAUAUUUAUGAAAAACAAGAUAUGUUUAAUGAUCAGGGAAAUAACUUUUGACAUCAUGUUUUUAAAAUAAGCUAGUUUUCUGAGGUGUUUUUAAACGUUUUUUUAAUGGCUAGUUCGUCUUAGACUUUUGAAGGGAUGUGAUUUCCUAAUAAGGGGAUUUAGUUUACCACAAUGAAUUCUGAAUGUAACAUGACAUUUUGAGAGGUGCAUUUGGCUGCUGUAAAUUGGUGGGGAAUUGGCACGUGGUUGUGCCUGGAUGUGGAAAUGAAUCACUUCAGGCCAAUAUCUGGAUGAUUGUUUAAAUCCUUUUUGUUCUAUCAGUGGAACUUGAUUGGAAUCUUAAACCAGCCCUGAAUACAGUAGAUGGUUAGGGAAACCUACCAUCAUACUGGUUUAGUUAAGUGUUUUUUCCUGCAAUUAAGCAAACCAUUACUGAUUGAUUAAUUUUGUAGAAUGAAGAUGGUGGUGUUUUUAAGUUGAAGGAAAUAGGCUAAACAUGAAAUUCUGGAUGAGUAAAUAACCAAAGAAUGCAAUUACUAAUGUCUGGUGACUGUAUUAUUUUAAGGAAAUAAAAAGUUUAACUUUAUACAAAGAAGCUGAGCUAGGCAAACUCAAGGAGGAGAAAAUUCUUAAACAUGAUUUUUUGCCCAGUUUAUUAAAUUUUGAAAGGUUACUAUUCGAAUCACAUUAGGAAAAAUAAAGACAGAGUAAGUAAACUCUUAAGAAAACUCAAGCUGUUUUUGGAUUUAAAUGGUAUUUUCAUUAAAAAAAAAAAAUCUCAAUUGUUCACAUAAUCGCAUCUUCAAAUGGAAAGCUUACCUGGCUCCCUAGCGUGCAGCACACAAGGAGCCUACGGGACACAGACAAGCCAGUCCAACACGUGGUAAGCUGGUCUCUCUUCCCAUUUUAAUAUAACCAAAGGCUAUGGGGCGUUCGGGGGGCGUGAAGGAGAAAGGAAGAAAACAGUAGAAGUUCUAAGAAAGAUGGAAUUAAGAGCUCUCAGAAGACGAGUGAGUUGAAGGAAUUGAUACACCUGACCAAUUAUCACUGGGAGACAGUGGUAGUAUUACUGACAACCAACCUGCCUCUCUAAAGAGUGUACAGGGGCUGGCCCCGUGGCUUGGCGGUUAAGUGCGUGCGCUCCACUACUGGCGGCCUGGGGUUUGGAUCCCGGGCGUGCACUGAUGCACUGCUUGUCCGGCCAUGCUGAGGCGGCGUCCCACAUACAGCAACUAGCAGGAUGUGCAACUAUGACAUACAACUAUCUACUGGGGCUUUGGGGAGAAAAGGGGAAAAAAUGGAGGAGGAUUGGCAUGGAUGUUAGCUCAGGGUUGAUCUUUCUCACACACAAAAAAAAGAGUGUAUAAAGGGUGAAAUAUUAGAGCAGAAACAGAAACCAAUGAAACACUUAAAAGCAGUGUGAGGAGGAGAAAACUGGUUGAUUUAACCUAGAUCUAGACGUCCAGUGUGGACUGUUCUGUUUACACCAGCAUCUGCUGGCACAGCAGCACGUCUCAUCUGACUCUGUAAUGACUCGGAGGGGAGAAGGCAGGUGCAGACUGGUGUCCACACGAGUCCCGGGACCCCUGCCACAGGCUACAGCCUGGCCGCUCAAUUUCUUUGAUGUCAAGUAAUUCGGGCUUCAAAAGAAGUCAAAAACCGAUGGUGGCAUUUUCAAAUGUUGCUGUAAGCACUAUAACAUUGGCCACAAAAUGUCUGACCACUGAGGAAUCGGGCGUUUUGUGUAGUACGAGAGAAGGCUACGAACCUCAAGGUGGUUUUAUUUAAGCCAAAAAAAAAAAAUCUUGAGCAAGACACAUAUAUACAAUUUAUUAAAAACACAUGAACACAUUAAAAUCUCACUAUUUAUACAAUCUACAUUCUAGCAACAUAUACAGACACCGAGUGCCGACAGUACACACCGAGGUAAGAAAAGUCCGUCCGGGAGACUAGCACUGCCGCUCGGGCCGCUUUUCUUCCAACACGUAUUUCAAUACACGUCUGGUUUCCACCCUCCCCAGUGUGGAAACAGGAGGAGGGGAUGAAGAAGAAACUCGGCACAAACUGGAUUAGAGGAUUGGUGCCACAGGUGACCUAAAGUGUUUAAUAACCAUCCAACUCUUAUUUAGAUUUUGCAGUUUAGGGACUUCAAGUUCAGAACCGAAAGGCAGAGCUAACAGGUAAUUUUUUUAGGUAGAGCUUCCUUGAUUUCUCUUAAGAGAGUUUAAAAAGCUUUCACUGUCCCACAGCAUCUACUGGUUCUUUCUAACUGUCUCAUUUGACACGGUGUUCUACAGCCCUCUUGCUCUCCCGGUGACAAUGAAGUUCAAGCUCUCUCUCUUUCCAGGGAAUCUCGGCCACAUUCGUAUUUAGAUGAGCUCACUUUCUGCUCCCUCCUGGGGGGAGGGCAAGUGUAUACAUAAUGUCAUAAUUUCAAUUUCUGUAUAAAUUCUCUACUCGAACCAUUUCAUCAGCAAAUAAACCCAUUGUUCAAUGCAAAGUGCAAAUAGUGAAACAUGAACUUAAAUAACUGGACCAGACCCUGCACAUACAAGAGGGUCUAUUUAGAUUUACAGCUUUUAAUAAAAUAUAAAUCAGCAUUCACAAUAUCUUAUCUCUAACUGUGCUAGCUCCUAAGAUCAAGUAACAGUGAAGUCAGUGUAAUUUCAUGAAACCUGUACGGGCCAUACUUGCUGCACUGCUGUCUAUUUUUAUAAUUAACAGGAAAAAAAUCAAAUCCAAUGAACCAGUGACUUAAGUCUUUUACAUGUUUCAAAGAAAAAAAAUUCAAGGGAAUUUUGUAAAAAAUGGUUACUUUCACAUUUUCAGUUGUUACUCGAUUGUCUCCAAAGCUGUGUAUAUAUCAGACAUAUAAACAUAGUAAAAAAAAUAACAAAACCAAAACUCUAACAUGAAAACAAACCAA